GCAUCAACAUUGAAUAUGCCUACUCAACCCUUUUAUAUCUUUCUAUUCUUUGGAAUGAUAUAUAUUUCCAAUAUGGGUUAUGCUGACGUUAAAGAGUGCAUGAAGGGUUAUUCUGGACCCUUCUGUGAAGAAAAAUGCCCUUAUCCAUCGUACGGAUUGAGGUGUCAAUCUAUAUGCAAAUGUACUCAAGAAAACUGCAGCUUUGAAAACGGAUGUUUCAAAGCCAUUUCUAGAUCAGGAAAUGAUACAACAAAUACGGAAAGUGCAUCAGAAACACCCAAUUCCUUUACAUUCGGGAUGAAAAAAUAUAUUCAAAGUCAAAAUCCGGUCUUGUCAAAGAAUUAUUCAGCUUCCGGAUCCCGUCGAACGACCAGUCCACGCACAAAUACCGAAUGCAAAAUCGGUUACUUUGGACCCUUCUGUGAACGAAAAUGUCCUUAUCCAUCGUACGGACUGCGAUGUCAAUCUAUAUGUCAAUGUACACAGGAAAGAUGUAGCUUUGAAAAUGGAUGUUUUCAGACCACUUUCCGAUCAGAAAACAGUGAAACAACGAAAAGAGAAAUGGUAUCAGAGGCAAUGGAUUCCUCUAUUUCCGUGAUGAAAACACACAUUUUAAAGGAAAACCUAGAGGAGUUGGAGAAUUCUGAAGCUUCGCGCACCUGUAGCGCUACUGCCACUCCAAAUGAAAAUAUGCUAGAUAAUUCAAUGGGACUAAUAAUAUCAAUUGUAGUAAUUUUCUGUGUCGGUUUAUUAUUGUUUGUUAUAUAUCUCAGGUUAGUACUGAAAGACUACUCAUACCGUGUAACUACAGCAUAAAUGAGUUAUUUCUGAUGAAA